UCCGCCCGGAGACUGCUGGCCUGGUACUGCUGUGAAGUGCGGGGUGUCUUGGGUCGCGCCCGGUCAGGUUGAUGUUACUGCACUGGAAAGCGGAGUUUGUACACAAUAGCGAUGGCAGAAAUAUCCCUUUAUGUUUCCAGCGUCAGUAUAACUGUGACACAUGAUAUGGAACCUGACAAGAUCUCUGCAAAAGAGAAAGAAUAUGAGUGUGUGGAGCUUGGUGAUCUAGACAGAAAAGAGAAGACCCCACGCCGCAUUAUUCAUUUCUCCAGUGGGGAGACCAUGGAAGAAUACAGCACAGAUGAGGAGGAGGAAGACAAAAAACAGAACGCAAAGAAAGAGCUUCUGUCUUCCGUAGACACAUCCAAGCUGACUUGGGGCCCAUAUGUCUGGUUUCAAAUGUGGAGAGCAGCUACAUCCACUAUAUCUGCUUGUGACUACCUGGGUGAGCGAAUGGCAUCACUUUUUGGCAUCACCUCAGCUAAAUACCAGUAUGCCAUAGAUGAAUACAGCAGGUCGAGGAGGGAGAAGGAGGAGAGAGAUGAAGAUUCACAGCUCUCUGAAGAGGCAGAGCACCUGUUUGAAGAGCAGAAAAAUGAUGAAGAUGAAGACCCGACGACCAACCAGCCCGAGACCAACAGUACUCAAGUACAGGUGACCAAUGAGCUGGACUGUCAGCCUUCUUUAGUACCCAACGCAGUUCACAUCCCUGCUCUUGUUACAAGCACUUAAUAACCAUGAGUAUAGUCAUAUAAUUGUGGUUUAAACACUAGUCUCUAGUCUUUAAAGCACUUACCACAGGGACGUAAUCAGGCUCUGUAAUAGAUUUCAUGUAUCUCCAUGUUAACUUGUGACUUUGACUGCCUUAAUGCACUGAUCCUGGGCCAGUGAAACAAUAUACUGAUCAUGGUGCUAAUGAUGAGAUAAACCAAUUCUUCAGCCUCUGACCAAUAAUGAAUUUGUUUUAAAAUGCAACUACGCUAACAUAAUUACACUGAACGUUUCUACAUGUGUUUUUAAUUGACUGUACAGUAUGUAUGUUUUAUCAUUAUUAGUGUAAUGAAGCAUUUGAUGGACUUGUCCUCCAUCAAUACAGAGACACAUACCUCACACUGAAUUUUCAGUAUUUAUUUAAUAUACUGUUAAUGCUUUAUAUUUGUCAUGUCAUUGUUUGUUUUUUAAAGAGAAAAUGUAAAUGUAAUUUUUUACCAUUUUGUGUGUAACAUGAAUAUAAUACUACAGUAUUAUACCUUACGAGACUUAAAUGUGUCAGUGUUUAGUUCAGGGUUCAUGCGGAGUUUGGAAAAUGCUUGAUUUUAACUAUUACGUUUUCAAGGUGUUUGAAUUUAGAAUAUCAUCCUUCAAAAUGCUUUAUUUUUUUUCCACCUUAGAACAUCCAGUGUGAUUAAAAGAGAAAAAAGCUAUUAACGAAAAUGAACCUUUAUUAAAGAUCAAGUCAUAUACCUUG